CCUCCUAGCACACAGCUGGGAGUGACUCCAGAGCCUCCAGCAAGAUGCUGCUGAUUCUGCUGUCAGUGGCCCUCCUGGCCCUGAGCUCAGCUGAGAGUUCAAGUGAAGAUGUCAGCCAGGAAGAAUCUCUCUUCCUAAUAUCAGGAAAACCAGAAGGACGACACCCACAAGGAGGAAACCAGUCUCAAGGUCCCCCACCUCAUCCAGGAAAGCCAGAAAGACCACCCCCACAAGGAGGCAACCAGUCCCAAGGUCCCCCACCUCAUCCAGGAAAGCCAGAGAGACCACCCCCACAAGGAGGAAACCAGUCCCAAGGUCCCCCCCAUCGUCCAGGAAAGCCAGAAGGACCACCCCCACAGGGAGGAAACAAGUCCCGAAGUGCCCGAUCUCCUCCAGGAAAGCCACAAGGACCACCCCCACAAGGAGGCAACCAGUCCCAAGGUCCCCCACCUCAUCCAGGAAAGCCAGAGAGACCACCCCCACAAGGAGGAAACCAGUCCCAAGGUCCCCCCCAUCGUCCAGGAAAGCCAGAAGGACCACCCCCACAGGGAGGAAACAAGUCCCGAAGUGCCCGAUCUCCUCCAGGAAAGCCACAAGGACCACCCCCACAAGGAGGCAACCAGUCCCAAGGUCCCCCACCUCAUCCAGGAAAGCCAGAGAGACCACCCCCACAAGGAGGAAACCAGUCCCAAGGUCCCCCCCAUCAUCCAGGAAAGCCAGAAGGACCACCCCCACAGGGAGGAAACAAGUCCCGAAGUGCCCGAUCUCCUCCAGGAAAGCCACAAGGACCACCCCAACAAGAAGGCAACAAGCCUCAAGGUCCCCCACCUCCUGGAAAGCCACAAGGCCCACCCCCAGCAGGAGGCAAUCCCCAGCAGCCUCAGGCACCUCCUGCUGGAAAGCCCCAGGGACCACCUCCACCUCCUCAAGGGGGCAGGCCACCCAGACCUGCCCAGGGACAACAGCCUCCCCAGUAAUCUAGGAUUCAAUGACAGGAAGUGAAUAAGAAGAUAUCAGUGAAUUCAAAUGAUUCAAUUGCUACAAAUGCCAUGACAUUGGAACAAAGUCAUCAUAGCUCUAACUUUAAUAUACUAAUAAAAUAAUCAGCUUGCAAUUUCUCAUUGUGGUGUUCUUUCUCAGUGUUUGUGAAUGUGGAGUGUGAGGACCAAGAACACAUUAUAAGAACAUCUAGGA